AUGAUGCCGAAGAAAAGGUACAUACUCGGUGACUUCACCAAGUACGCGACAGGCAGACUUGCGACCCACUUCACCGCCAUAUCUGAUAUGGCACUCUACCAAUUCUCCGAGAAGCUGUAUCUGGACGAGAAGCACAACACACAUCGACGCCACAUGCUCCUAGUCGGUCACUAUUCACGCAAAGCCAGCGGCCCGCCAGUAUGGGCAUGCGCUACAGGCGAAAGGAUCUGUUACUAUUCUGGGCCAGGAAAGCAAGUCACUCCAUUGGUGCAGGACAUACAUUCGUCGAAGGUAUAUUAUGAUCCGCCCUUCAGCUAUAUCGGUGGCUCGCACGAUUACAGCAGUCAGAAGCCCGGAAUGAAUCCAGAACGCAAGCUUGAGCGUGCAGUAGUUGAUUCCGCUAUCAACUUCAUCUUCCUGUCAACUGGACGACUGGAUCAGGUCUUCGAUCUUGUGAACCCGGAUAUACUGGGCCACUUCAAACUCGCUUGUACGAAUUUGGUCCGACACCAGAAACCUCUGGCAGAGGCGGGACAUACUUCAUACGAGCAAGUUUCACGAAACGCAUUCUUCAGUUCACCUGCGAAUGAGAGGCUACAUCCCAAUGAACCCAUUGCGGUAGAUGCGUCGAAUCUGCAGCUUGUACAUCGCAGCAAGAGCACGGCCUCGCCUAGUCUGGGUAAACGUCAGUUCGUUGACUUCAGCGACGAUCGGACCGACGAUCUACCAAGUGGUAAGCAGAGCGAACAAAUCAGCGACUAUGAAACCGAGAUACACGCCAAAUAUGAGCAGGAGACACGAGAACUCAGAGCUCAGCUUGAUCAACGAGACGCGAAGAUCGGUGCUACAAAGGCCAAGCUCAUGCGCGAGAAGACUAAGCGACGCGAUAUACAGACGCAGCGGAACGCGUGGAAAAAGGAGUACAAGAUCCAGGAGGCUCUAGCUGCGUCUACUGCUGAACAUGCCAAGCAAGAGGAAGGAGGCGAGGAUUGGAAGGCUAUGUUAUUCGAUCAAGAAAGGAAGACCAAAAACUACAAGGUCAAGUACAUUGCGAUGAAGGAACAGAAGGAGAAAUGGGAAGCAGAGAAGUUGAGGAUGCAGGGUGAUAUCGUUCGUCUCCGAUCGAAGAUGCUGGGCCAGAGAAAUACCCUCCAGACCCAUGAGAUCGGCCACGUGAAACAAGGAGCACGAAUGGCCAACCAUCAUCAAGAGCGGGAGAGGCUACAUCAGGAGCUAGCCAAAGAGAAGGAGGCGAGGAUAUUUUGGCAGAGAAAGCACAGUAGUCUACUGGCAAGUUCGCGAAACCGCUCACUACCUGCUACAACUCCGACUGGCCCGCGAAACAUGACCGGUAGUAUGCAGGUUGUUAGGGCGCCGCUCGACAACAAACGUAUACAGGCAAGCUCGCGUACAUCAGGAUUUGGAGAAUCUGUACCUUUACCACAGGGUAUGCGCAGAUGA